AUGGAUGGGGACUGCAACUUCCAAUAUUCCACCAUGCUGCUCCACGGAUUCCCGGAAGAAGAAAUCCGGGAAACUGUGCUGGAGGAUGGCGAUGCUUCAUAUCAAACCGGCCUUGGUCUGGAGAUGAACAUGGAGGAGGGCCUGCGACUUGACCUCAGUGCCAAGGCUGCGGUGUGUGCUGGCUGUGGAGAACCCAUCUAUGACCGUUACGUGUUGUUUGCGGUGGAUAGGCCCUGGCACGCCCGCUGCCUGAAGUGUUGUGUGUGUGACCUAGCCUUGGGCUCAGAGCUCACAUGUUUCUCUAAAGACGGCGACAUUUAUUGCAAGGACGAUUAUUACAGGAGGUUUUGUGUGAAGCAGUGUUCCCGCUGCCACCUGGGGAUCCCGGCCUCGGAGAUGGUGAUGCGGGCCAAGGAGGAGGUCUACCACGUCAGCUGCUUCACGUGUGCCAUCUGUGGUGAGGCCCUGAUGACGGGCGACCUCUUUGGCACGCGGCAAGGCCUGGUGUACUGCCAGGCCCACUUUGAGCUGCUGUGCCGGGAGGAGGACGAGGCCAGGCUGACGGAUGGCCUGACAGAGCUGGCCCUCAGGGUCGAUGAGGGAGUCGCAGUGGGUCAUGGGGACAGUGACUGGGUCACCCGGAGGGGCAGUGCCCGCAAGCGGAGAGGCACCAAACUCCACGUCGAGGGAGACGACUUUAAUCAAGUCUGUCCCGAGGGGGAACAGCCUCUGGAGGAGCCCCGCUACUGUGCCCAACAGAAGGCAAAACGAAUCCGUACCUGCUUCAAGCACCACCAACUCCGCACCAUGGAGUCUUACUUUGCAGUCAAACACAACCCAGAUGGGAAGGACUGGGAGCAGCUCUCCAAGAAGACCGGCCUUCCCAAGCGAGUCCUCCAGGUUUGGUUUCAGAACGCUCGAGCUAAGCUGCGGAAGAGCCUCCUGCAGGAGGAGAACACAGACAGCGACAAUGUGUCGGAUCCUCAUGAGCUGCCUCACUCCCCGGUGGCCCAGCACACCACGGGACCCCUGGGGCCCCCGAGCCCCCUCUUCUCCACCCCCAGUGGCAUGGCACCCUGCCCCCAACCAACCCGGCCUUCGAUGGCACCCAUCUUCCUGAACUUCGAUCCCGCGGAGCCUCCUGACUCCCUCCAGACAAUCGACCGUACCAACCUGUGCUAA